CUUCGCCUCCCCUCGCCUCCCCUCGCCUCCCCUCUCGGAUUCGUCUCCCAGGAAGGCUCCCGGGACUCCAAGCGAAGGGCAGGCCGUGGGCGCCGUGGGCUGUGGAUGAUGUUAUUUGUGUGAGCAAGGCCGGGCGUGUGUGUGUGAGUGUUCGCGCGGACACGUAGUGCCAGUGCUAGGACGCGCGGCCAACCAGGGCCUUCACUCUUUUUUCUGAGCCGCCUUGACGAGGGCGCAGGCGGCGGGCGUGACCGUCCAGGCCUGACCGUCCGAGGCCGCCCGCUGAUCUGCGUCGCGUCUUGUGGCAGGGGGGAAUCCGCCUUCUCUGGAGGGGUCUCUCCUCACCAUGAGAAUCUGCGGGCGUGCAAGGGCGGCCACAGCAGCAGCUCUGAUGGGCGGGGGGCUCCGACUGCCCCGCCCCCGUCGAGUGUCGUCGCAAGCCGUGCAGCCGCGUCGGAGCCAGAGCCAGCAUGUUCUCCAUUUGCUCCACCGUCCUGCCCAUUCUGUCUGCCAUCGACGUUGACGGCGCCACAGAAUGCAACACCCCGUUCGACCCAAGCCGGCUGGAUGACCUGAGCUCCGACAGUGACGACGAGUACUUCGAUGUUGUGGCGAUAUCAGCCCUCCGUCAGCAGCCCCCACCCCUCAAACCCCAGCCAAACCCCCUCCACAGCAGCCCCCCCAGGCACCCUACCUCCCUCCCACCCACAGCCAAAGCUUACCAGCUGUUAACAAAGGCAUCAGGCCUAUGGGCAAUGCACAAGCUCAGCAACAUGCACCUGCAGCCAAACCUACGCCAGGUUCUGUGGCGAAGAAUGCGGAGGCUUCUAAGCCGGCUCCCAGUGCUGGUGCCACAGACAAGAACAAGGACCCGAAACCACAGGCAGCUGCCACUGCAGUCAGCAGUCCAGACCAACAAGCACAGAAAGUGCCUGCAGCAACUAGAGCAGUUGGAAACGGAACAUUGCCAAAGAAAAUCCUCCCAGAACAACAGCAGGUACCCAGUGCUCCCAAAAAAUAUCCUGCACCAAAGCCUCCUUCUGCGACGCAAAAUGCGAACGAACCACUACAGCUAAACAGAACAGAUCCUGCACAUGGAGAUUCCAGUUCGCCACCAGCUAAGCCUGAAUACCAAGCCCCCGAGAAGGCAGUUCCAGAAACGAAACCUUCUGUGCCUUUACCUUCUGACGCAGUGAAUCAACCACAGAAUACAGGAGAUG